AUGGAGCCGAUGCCUAAACGUGUUGAGGUUUCGAAUGUUCCCGGUAGUUGUUGCUCUAUCUCCUAUUCUUGCAAUUGCUGCUGUUGCCGCUGUGCUGGUCAUUUGCCUUGCAGGUAUCCCAUAAAUUCGGUCCCUGAACCAGGCCAGCUGCUAAGACGUACAGAGUCGACAUCUGAAGAGGUCAUAAAAUCCAUUUCGUCCGAAUCGGUGUCUCUGGAGCCGAUUGAAUCCAAAAGCCUUGGCAUUGGAAUCACUGAACAGGCUACAAUGGAGCCUGGUGAUUUGUCUGUUCAGGUUGACAACAAUGUGAACAGCCUGACUGGUGAGGACAAAGAACGAGCCUGCCGAUCCAAACACUCUAUGCCCAUUUGGCCGCAGCACCAAAGCUUUGAUGGAUAUACCUCAAUUAGCCUGAAUCCAUCUGAUAGUCUUAUUCAGGCCAGCAAAUCUCCACGACCUGAUGAUUCGCUCAUAUCUCCCGAGUCUGAUUUUUCUUCCAAACCUCCAGCAGAAAAGGCUACUACCGAGCAUAUUUGUGAUUGUGCCUCACCUCUCGUAAAGCCCGAGCAGCUCUCUGGACUUAGUAUUAAUUACUCUCAUUCUAUCGCUCCUCGUUCGCUUUCCGAUAGUAACAAACCAUUCAACACAUCCGUGCGACCGUCUACUAAUUCUCCUAACAUGCCUUCUGGCUUGGUUACCAAUCCUUCAACACAACGCUGCAGUCCUGCAAUCCAGCCUGAUGUUCGGCCACUGAGUUCCACGACACAGCAUCGCUAUAUGUCGGUGAAGUUGGAAGUUGAAAAUGCCAGAAAGGAAGAUGAUGAAGAAACCCAUGUUGUUGACUGCUUCGGUGCAGCCUUCAGCCCAGUUAGUUCGGUCCAACCCAGCCUCAGGCUGCAGCGUCUUGUAGUCGCUUGUGCU